AGAACGCUGCUAUCACCCCCCCCAGCAAGAGUUAUUGGGCAAUUGGGAUCAGCUUUUCCACCCACAGUGUUAUUACUCGGUCCCCACUUGAGAUUUACAAAGACCCAUUAUCCUCAGGGUCUAAUGAAUUCGUGCCCAGGGUUAAGGUAGGACCCAUAAGAGGCUGCCUCUUAUUACAGGUUAGUCCCACAUGUAAAGGUAACGUGUCACAUGCCAAAUCCCCCAGAUCUUCAUUAGGUUCCUCACGCCAGGCUCUGGCCUCUGGGGCAAAGGACACAGGGGAGGGGUCCUUAAUAGAUUAAUUAUUAACCAUCUGCACCUCUGGACACCACGGCAGGCAAAAACCACCACCCAGCUAGGUGAGGUGUGCCAGCAAAGGUCAUGGGGGUCUCACUGACAUCCCCAGCCCUGGGACGCUGGUUCUGCCAUGCAAUUCCCUUCGCUAUCCUCACGCUGUUAUUUCUUUACACCAGUGUGCGACUCUUUCAUGAGUGGCCUCUUGUGUUACCAGCUCAGAGAAGUCAGCAGUCCAGCCUGUGGGAACUCGAGCCCCCUUCUCCUUCUCCAGUCCUUACCGCCUUGCUUCAGAUCACCUCCGGUAUCCUGACAGGCUGCAGGCCGGGGGUGCAGUCCUGCAAUCCGGAGGGACCGCUACCUUCCCAGAUCGGUCCAGAGUUGACAGCCCUGGUGGUCCCGGGGAAGGAAGAGCCUCCCUGUCUGGGGCCUCAAGGGGUGCUGGGUCGCAUGAUGAGCCCCUUCCUGGCCUGUUUGAGCCCCGAAGGGGAUGUGCAGUUGUCUCAGUAUCUGGCAGGAUGGAGGGAACUACUCAGGUUCCUAACCCCGCUUGGCUCUGUUUUCGCCUUCGCCACCAGUGAAGCCUUCGUCAAGGUGACCGCCCUCGAGGCUUGUGUGCGUGGCCCAGACGCUUUGCACUACGCGUCGCUGGCUACUAUGGCGACGUGGGAGCGGCAAGCAGGACUACUGGAGCUACCCGGGACCGCGCCCCGGGACCAAGCCAGGGCCUCGGGUUCGCGAACGCUGCUUUUGCUGCACCGCGCGCUGCGCUGGUCGCAGCUCUGCCUCCACAGGGUGGCGACAGGGAAGCUCGGAGGUCCGGACGCGGGCAUGCAAUGCGGGGACGCCUACAGCACCGCGCUGGCCGAGCACCACCCAUGGCUCAUCCGCCAGGCCGCCCGCCUGGCCAUCCUCGCCCUCCCGAGUCGCGGCCGCUUGCUCCAGCUGGCGUGUCCCGGAACCACAGAGGCGGACGCGCGGGUGGCCCUGGCCCGGGCCGCCCGAGUACUGGAGGACGUCUACAACCGAACCCAGAACCUGCUGACCCGCCACGGCCUGCUGCAGCUGGCUUGAUGACCGCGGUGUGAGCGGACUGACCAGAAAGGCGUUGUUGUGGGGAGGGAUCUAAGCACCAAGGACCGGGCCGCCUGGCUAGCCUUCCUUCUCCGUGAGGUCACCGGUUAAGGCGCGCCCCCAGCAGGGUAGAGUGUGCGGUGUGAGAUCCUCACAUCCUCAGCCUCAAGAAGCUGCAAGGAGCAAUGAGGAAUAAAGAAUUCUUUAGUAGCUGUCGACAUAAG